AUGAAAGCCCUCCGAGCUCUUCCCGUGGCACCAGCCCGCCGCGCCCUCCCCGCUAUUUGCGCCGCCUGCUCCCCCUCUUCCUCCUCGUCGUCGCCUUCCUCGACCACCGCCACCAAGAUCCGCCCGUUCUCCGUCCUCAACCGCCCGCCGCCGAAUUACCCUGGUCAUGUCCCCCUGACGAAGGUUGAGCGCGCCGGUCUCGCCCUUGGCGCAGGCAUCUGGUCCCUCCUGAGCCCCUACCGCGCCGACCUCAUCGCCGCAGUCGGCGAGACGACAGCCACGCCCUACUUCAUCUACCGCCUGCGCGACGCCAUGCUCGCCGACCCGACCGGCCGCCGCAUCCUCCGCGACCGGCCGCGCAUCACCUCGAGCUCCCUCGACCUUGACCGCCUGCGCCGCAUGCCCGACAACAGCGUCGGGCGUGCCUACGUCGGCUGGCUCGACGCCGAGGGCGUCAGCCCGGACACCCGGCCCGCCGUGCGUUACAUCGAUGACCCGGAGUGCGCCUACGUCAUGCAGCGGUACCGCGAGUGCCACGACUUCUUCCACGCGCUGACGGGCCUGCCCAUCGUGCGCGAGGGCGAGGUCGCCCUCAAGGCCUUCGAGUUCGCCAACACGCUGAUCCCCAUGACGGGCUUCGCCGUGUUGAGCUACGCGACCAUGAAGGCGGGCGAGCGCAGGCGCUUCCGCGACAUCUACGGGCCCUGGGCGCUCAGGAACGGGAUGAAGGCCAAGGAGGUCAUUAACGUCUACUGGGAGGAGCAGCUCGAGAGGGACGUGGACGAGUUGAGGGCCGAGCUGGGGAUCGAGAGGCCGCCUAAUAUGCGGGCCAUCCGGAAGAGGGAGAGGGAGGAGAGGAGGAGGGCGCAAGAGGCCAUGCAGGGGAGGUAG